CAAUCGGAAAAUCUCUGCCUUCCCUUGUACAAUCAUCCGUUUUCUUCGCAAAAAUAAACUUUUUUUUUUCCUCUUUUGGUUUUCUCCGCAUUGCUCUCCCCGGGAAAUGCCGACAGCUACCGGCCCCGCCGGCGGAAGCCCAGCUGCACACCACCGCCGUCAUCUACCGGAGUUCUUGAACGCCGCCGAGAAAUUGACAGAUCACGCGCCGACCCAUUUCUCCAGAGACGCCGAGGAUUCGGAAUACGGCAGCACCACCUGCGUCGGCAGAUGCGCCGGCGGCGGCGGCGGCGGCCACCCCCACCCCCACCCGGCUAUGCGGUACCUUUCGGUGCGUAAAAGGGUGCCGGAGAAAAUUAUAUUCAGAGGGGAAGAAAUAUUGUUGAAGGUUUUUGCGGUUAUGCAGUGCUUUAGAUCGAGAAAGAACACGGGGAGGUCAAUGCUCGGGAUGCUGCUGGCGAUGGUGGUUGUCACAGCAUUCAUCAAAUUCUCAUUCAUAAGUAAUGGAAGUGUCGGUGGGAUUAAUGAAGGGAUGAUGACGAUGAGGUUGUCGGAGAAUGGGGAUGUUGUUCUGAAACGCCAGAUGAAGGAGGUUUUUGUACCGGAAAUAUGGACGAAACCAAACAGCAAUAACUACUAUAGUUGCAUUGCUCGAUCAACAAACGAAAUGAGGAGGCCUGCGGCGAGAAAUGGUUACAUUUUAGUCCAUGCCAAUGGAGGACUGAAUCAAAUGAGAACUGGUAUAUGUGAUAUGGUCGCGAUAGUGAAAAUUCUAAACGCGGUUCUGGUUCUUCCUUCCCUCGAUCACCAGUCCUUUUGGACCGAUCCUAGUGAUUUUAAGGAUAUCUUUGAUUGGAAGCACUUCAUUGCAGCACUGAAAGAUGAUAUUGAGAUAGUUGAAUCUUUGCCAGCAAAAUAUUCUAUGUUUGAUCCCUUGGUUAAGGCUCCUGUAUCUUGGUCACAGGCCAGUUACUAUAGAGGAGAGAUUCUGCCAUUACUAAAGAAACAUAAGGUGAUCAAAUUCACACACUCUGAUUCAAGACUUGCUAACAAUGGCCUCGCACCCUCCAUUCAGAAGCUCCGAUGUCGUGCCAACUACGAGGCCCUUCGCUAUGCGCCUUCCAUUGAGGAUCUUGGAAGGAAACUGGUUAAUAGACUUAGGCAAAAUGAUGAUCCCUACAUUGCCCUUCAUUUAAGGUACGAAAAGGACAUGCUUGCAUUUACAGGGUGUAGUCACAGUUUGAGUGAAUCGGAGGUGGAGGAGCUUCGUGUAAUGAGGUAUAACGUGCAACAUUGGAAAGAGAAAGAGAUCGACAGCGAACAAAGGAGGGUAGUGGGUGGGUGCCCAAUGUCCCCCAGGGAGGCGGCCUUGUUUUUAAAGGCAUUGGGCUACCCCUCCAAUUCAAAGAUAUACAUUGUUGCAGGGGAAAUAUACGGCAACAACAGCAUGGACGCGUUCCGGUUAGAGUACCCCAACGUGUUUACGCACACAACCCUCGCGACAGAGCAAGAGUUGGAGCCUUUCAAGCCAUACCAGAACCGGCUCGCUGCCUUGGAUUACAUUAUUGCCCUCCAGAGCGAUGUCUUUGUCUAUACAUAUGAUGGGAACAUGGCAAAGGCCGUACAAGGGCAUAGGCGGUUCAAAGGGUUCCUAAAGACUAUUAGCCCCGACAGAUUAAACUUUGUAAAUAGGAUAGAUUUAUUGGACAAGGGGGAGAUUUCCUGGAAUGAGUUUUCAGCAGAGGUGAAGGCCUUGCAUUUGAAGAAGCUGGGGGCGCCAUACCUUAGAGAAGCGGGGGAUUCGCCGCGAUUAGAGGAGAACUUCUAUGCAAAUCCUCUUCCGGGUUGUAUCUGCAAUACAUCUAAAGCUGAUGAUCAUCAAGUUGGGUUGCAAAGAUAGAGGGGUUGUGUUUUGAUGUUCAUGUUAGUCAUAGGUUGUAAAUCCCAUAUAUACACAGACACCAUUAUAGUCCCAAGCCAUUUUUUAUUAUUACACAUACUAGCUAGCCUAGUGGUAGUCAUUUGCUUGCCCUUGGAGAUUAUUUCAGGGG